CCGGUAUGUGUGUUCCUUGGGGCCCGAAGCGGCUGAGCCAGAGGCCAGAGCUAAACCGCCCAUACCAGACAACCAACCCUCUGUUAUGAUCAAAGUCUACGAAGGCGAGAGGACCAUGACAAAGGAUAACAAUCUCCUGGGCAAGUUCGAGCUCACGGGCAUACCGGCGGCACCACGUGGCGUCCUCCAGAUCGAAGUCACGUUUUCGCUUGACCUCAACGGCAUCCUGGAGGUCUCGGCCCAGGACAAGGGCACCGGACGCAAGGAGACCAUCAUGAUAAGCAGCGACGGCGGCCGCCUGACGCAGCACGAGAUCGCUCGCAUGAUUGCCGAGGCCGAGAAGUUCGCAGAUGAGGAUAGGGAGGCCCGGGAGCGCAUCGAGGCGCGCAACGGCCUCGAGAGUUGCGCCUUCAGCCUCAAGAACCAGUUCGACGACGAGGCUGGGCUCGGUGGCCAGCUCGGUGGCGAUGAGAAAGAAUCGGUGCGUUCCUCCUACCCGGCCUGGAGACCUGCGCAAAGAAUAAAUACGAUGCUAACCCUUCCCCUUCCGCCUGUAUAGCUCCGGGAUGCCGUGAGAGAGGCGAUCGAGUGGCUCGACGAGUACGCGGCGUCGGCGACGGCCGAUGACUUUGCGGAGCAGAAAGAGAAACUGUCCGAGGCUGCCUCCUCCAUCACCAGUAAACUAUACGACGGCACCGGAACCGAACGCGCUGGUCGAGACGAUUCUGGCGAUUUUCAUGAUGAGCUCUGAUCUUUAGUGAAUCCUCGGAAGAUAUCGGCCGUUGGAGCGAGAAUAACUUCUAGAGUUGGAAUAUCCGCAAGUAAAGAAGAUAGCUAAAAUCCACCCCAUCGACCAACUCCAUCUUGGUGUUUUUAUUUCCUCUGUUUGUUUUCUUUU